AUGUCGAGUAAGUAUAAGGUAGUACUUACAAGCUGGUUACCAAGCCUGUAAGGACAUGUCAGGCUAGGCAUCAGUUCCAGCAUCACAAUACCCUUGUAGCUGUCACCGGCGAAUUGGCUCACAAGUACUCGGUACACGGUGUGGUCAGGACGUCCCGGGUUGGGGGCUCUCUACGAGUUCGACACCUCGACAGUCUCUGCCUAAGGGUAACGAUUCAAUCGUCCAACUCCUGUCGGCGAAAAUGUCCCACGCGGCCGAACACGGACGAACGUGGACGCGCGACGGCUUCCUCAUCUCGACGGACCCUUCGCUCGUCCCGAUCCCUGCACUCCAGCAAGCCUUCGACUCGGACGAAGUCUACUGGGCGCGGUCGAUACCGGAGCCGGCGAUGCGCGCCAUGCUCGACAAUUCGCUCGUGUUCGGCGUGUACUCGCCGACGCCGUCGCCGCCGCCUGCGGCCGACCUGGACCUGGACAUGGACCUGCACUUGGAGACCACUUCGGGAGGGUCUAGUGCACGCGCUCACACUCACGCUGCGGACCCGGCGACGACGUUGCAUGAGAUUGCCGAGAGCGUGCAUAAGCCUACGUCCGUAGGGGCUCAGGCUCAGGCUCAGGCUCGACAGAGUCAGUCAGGUGGUGCCGAUGCCUCCGCAGAUAGUAGUGAUGGUGGUGGUGAUGGUGGUGGUGAUGGUGGCCCUGGUGAGUCUGGUGAGCCCUCGUUGAUCGGCUUCGCCAGAGCUAUCACGGAUAGAGUCACAUUCUUCUACCUGACGGACGUGUAUAUGCUGCCGGAGUGGCAGGGCCAGGGGCUGGGGAAGUGGUUAAUCCAGUGUGUGCAGGAGGUGGUCGAGGACAUGCCGUAUCUGAGGAGGAGUAUGUGUGUCGUCGGCCAUGGGAGGGAGGAUGCGCAGGCGUUUUAUGGAAAACUGAUGAAGAUGGAGAAGUUGGGCGAGGAUACGGUGCCGUUGCACUGGAGGGGGCCGGGCUGUACGUUCUAGAAAGUGACCACUCCACAAACCAGACCAUGUUUUCAGGGCAACUGUGUUCACACUGUGGCAUUUUCUAUCCGGUUCAUACUAGGACUAUCCAACAAGAACUCCU